AGGGAUGGUUCUGCACACCUGCCUCUUAUUAGCAGCCCUACAUGCUUCUCAGUUUGCUAAACACAACAUACUUGACAGGAAGAGAAAAAAAUGAACUCAUUAGAAUACUCCUUUGUCUUUUUUAUUUUGGUGCCUCAUUCGUUUGGAAGAUGCUACGAUAUGUUCUUCUCAAUAUGUUGGCUGGACAAGGAGGACGCUUUAAAUGGGCUAAAUGGAAACUUGUGGCUAAAUGGCACGUCCUUGAACUCCAUUGGAAAAGUGGGACGAGUUACCUCUGUAACGGUGUCUCCGGUUGUAGAAAACAAGGUUGCACUGCAGUAUGGUGGCAUUGCCCAGAGAUGGACCUUAACAAUCAGCCCACGUACGAAGGUGAUCAAAAUCACAGGCAGACACAAACCCUUAGAGCAUCCAACAAAUGCAACAAAGGGCUUUCUGGAGUUGCUUGAUCCCACUGAGGUGUUUGCGUGUGAACGUGGUGCAAUGUUCCUCCACCAGGAUGAGAACUUCUUCCUAGCUGUUGGUCAUACAUUGCGUUUCCCCAUCAAACUGGAGUCCAGGAGUCCCUCCAUGUUACUGGUGUCCUGGUUGGUGAACGAUCCAGAAAAUGUCUAUGCUCACAUGGUGACCCUUUACCACAUUGAAAUGGGAUCCUACAGCUCUUUCGCAGAGGACACCACCACCCUGGACCACUACCGCUUCACUGCCUUGGACCCAUGCAGCCGCUACAUGGUCUGUGUGGAAAUUGCAAACACUCACUCCUUCACAUGUCUCUCUACUAUUUCAGAGCCAGAUAUUCCAAAGCAUUUUGAAGUGACGUCAUGGAACAGCAGCAGCAUAUCCUUGGCAUGGGACUGCCCAGAAAACCUGAAGUACUCCCUCUUCCUCCUUACGAUCUUCUACCUUAAUGGUACAGACCAUAUCACAGAGGAGGCAGAGCUGUGGCUGGCCGAUGACAGCUUUACAUUCACCAUGUCUGACCUGCCACCCUGUGUCAGGCUCAGGUUUGGCCUGCAGACGGUUUGCCAGUCAGGGUUGGAGUCCCGCUACAGCAGAAUGGCUUUGCAUAAAGGAAACUCUGACUUCUCCAACAUUUACUUGUUGCGUCAGACUUCGUUUGGGCCCAACAAUUACACACUGAACUGGGAGGUAAAGAACACCUCAUCCAUAUCUGUGUUUAGAGUUUACCAUGAGGGGGCGCUGCAUGGCACCACACUCCUGACCACACACACUGUGGCAGGUCUGCUGCCAUGCCAAAAGUACCAAGCCAAGGUGGCGGCAGUGUGUGGUGACAAUGUGCUCAUGAGUGCCAGGACAGUCACAGCUCAAACAGGAACUCGUGGUGUGUCUGAGCUCAGGUACCGUUCCAGUGAUUCCACGGCUCUGUGGACACCCAGCCUCACUCAUCAGCAAGUUGUGGCCUACAUGUACGAGCUCUCCCUGGGGAACGGCUCCAUCAUUGAGAGCAGCAGUGUGUCCAACACUGAGCUGCCGCUUCCAAGUUUGGAGGUGGGAAAAUCCUACGUCCUGGACGUGUGGGAGGAGUGUGACAGCCUGUGGGGGUCUGAACCGUCUCAUUUGAAUUUUGAAGGAGCUAAUUCAACUUUCAAGAUUGAUGUGCGGGCCAUUCAAUCUCCUCAGAGCGAAGGGCUGCAGGUUGAUUUCGACAACAUUGGUCUCAGAAUGGUUGUGCCCUGGUCUCUGCCAGAUGAUCUACAGGAUGACUUGUCAGGAUCUACAGACAAACUGGAUCAGAUUUUUAAAGCUAAGCUGGAGGAACUGUUAAAGGGCUUUGAUCAGCCGGUCCGCAUUGAGCUGGAUGGUUUGGUACCCGCAGAUGAACCAGGAAGGACAGUUGUUGUGUUUAAGUCCUUUGAUGCCUCCAACCCCCAGGAAAACAUCCCCUUACCAGUUGAUGAUCAGCUCAGUUACAUUAGCUCUCUUAAUAGGUCUGAGAUCAGUGUUAAGAAUGGGGUCAUUUACUGGGACGGUCCAAACUUGUGUGCUUUUAAGCAAGCUUUCUGUCCCCGUAAGUCUUUGUGCAUCAACACUCUGGGCUCAUACUUAUGCGUUUGCCAGGACGGUUACUAUGAUGUCAGCUCUUUCAUAGAUAUGCCUGCAGCUUCACAUCCAGUAUGCAAAGAUAAAGGACUCUUCAGCCAAUGUCUGGAUGAUGUGAUGAGGGGUGGAAUAGCAAAGGCCUACUUGACUUCUCUUUUCGGGGGAAAGGUUGAGGUGAAACUGAACGAUGGCCAGUGCCCUGUAAAGGAGACGGAUGUUUUGUACUACUUCCACACCUCACGAAACCCUCCAGAGUGUGGAAUAGAGAAAAAGGUGAACAAAACCCACAUCGUGCUCCAAAAUUCUCUAAGCAUCAGUCUGACUAGAAAGCACACCAUCAGCCGGCAGGAUCUCAAGGUGGUCUGGAAGUGCAUCUACCCAAGAUAUUAUGUCCGAAACACUCAAGUUGUUACUGAUAUGGAAUGGCUGUCCUCACUUUCCUUUGUGGAGUUUAACUCAUCAGUACAGCUGGGGCUGACCAUGUACUUGUUUAAGGACGAGUCUUAUGCCCAUGCUUACACGGAUGCAGUCGAGCUGCAAUAUGAGGACACGUUAUUCUUCCAGGUGGCCCUGCUGGACAACCGUUCUUUUGCCUCCAAUGUGCUGCUGCAGGUGGAGUCCUGCUGGGCUACCGAGAGCGCCGACCCACAGGAUGCGGUCCAGGCUGUUUUGCUUAAAGAAGGCUGUCCCACUGACAACACAUUCCGGUGGCUCUCUGUUAAUGGCCUGGCACAGAGAAGCAGAUUUUCCAUCCAGAUGUUCCAGAUGCCCAAAGGCCUACCACUGUACUUCCACUGCCUGACCAACAUAUGUGGACAAAAAGAAAACUGCACAAAGAACUGCGCCAGCCAGCAGCGUCCCAAAAGGUCAGCGGGCCAGACAAACAGACAGGAGAAACAAGCUGCCAUUGUGUCUGCUGGGCCACUGACUAUCAACAUGAGGGUGAAGUCGAUCCAUCCAUCUAAUUUGGAUGAAUCUGAACUCCUGACUGUUCCUGAUGGGUGGAAGGAGCCGGCGUUCACUAGAGACGACAACCCCCGCGGGAUGCUGGAGGAGAGCAGCUUCGCCACACUGUUUCCCAAAUACAGGGAUGCUUACCUGAAGGAGUGCUGGCCACUGGUGGAGAAGGCUUUAGGAGAGACACACAUCAAGGCUUCUCUAGACCUGAUAGAGGGCAGCAUGAGUGUCAGCACCACCAAGAAGACAUUCGACCCGUACGCUAUUGUGAAAGCAAGAGACCUCAUUAAGCUGCUGGCAAGGAGCGUCCCAUUUGAGCAGGCUGUCCGCAUAUUACAAGAUGACGUGGCCUGUGAUAUCAUCAAAAUUGGGACCCUCGUGAGGAACAGAGAGCGGUUUGUAAAACGAAGGCAGCGGCUGAUUGGUCCCAAGGGCUCCACCUUGAAAGCGUUAGAGUUGUUGACCAACUGCUAUGUGAUGGUGCAGGGUAACACUGUGUCAGCACUGGGACCCUACAACGGCCUUAAAGAGGUCCGCAAAGUGGUAAUGGAGACCAUGAAGAACAUCCACCCCAUCUACAACAUCAAGACACUGAUGAUCAAACAGGAGCUUUCUAAAGACCCAGAUCUCCGGACACAGAAUUGGGAACGCUUCCUGCCCAAGUUCCGCCACAAGAACCUCUCCAAGCGCAAGGAACCCAAGAAGAAGAGUGUGAAGAAGGAAUACACCCCGUUCCCUCCUUCACAGCCAGAAAGCAAGGUUGAUAAGGAGCUCGCUACAGGUGAAUUCUUUUUACGUGAAAGCGUUAAAAGGAGGAAGAAGAUGGAAGAAAUUAAGGUCCAACAAGCAGAAGCACUGAGCAAGAAGCAAGAGGAGCGGAACAAAGCGUUCAUUCCUCCCAAAGAGAAGCCAUUAAUGAAGAAGACAGCUAAAGCUCCUACAGAACAACUGGACAUCGCAGCCAUCAAGGACAAAGUGAAAAAGGCCAAAACCAAGAAACUGGGAGCUCCACCUGUGAUCCCACUUCCUCCCCCCAGCAGCACAACGGACAAAAAGAAGAAAAAGAAAGCAAAAGACAAAGGCUAACAGCAUGUGAAGCCCAAUCAUAUAAGUGACAUGUACCAUAAGAUCUGGUAUUCGUUGGACAGUUCACAGAUACUAGAUACACGUCGGUAGAUUGGGAGUGUAUGAAUAUAUUCCCUCAUUUCCUCAAAAUCUCAAAACAUGCUUUCAUUCUUGUAGGAUACAAAGAGUGAUGUACAGAGAUACAUUUCUUCCUUCGUUAUCUUUGUUUUCUUUCCAUUGCUACAGUUUAUGGACAGAUAAUAUAGGUUGUUUCUUGUUUUUGCUCAGACAGUGUGUCAGUGAGGACUCUGAGACACUGAGAAAUGUAAAAUUGAAGUUUUUUAUGAUCUGAUUCCUGGAUAUAAAUCGUUUUGUUGUCAUCCGUGUGUUCACAUUACAUUAAUAUAUUAUUCCCACUAAAAGCUGACUGUUAACAGGGUCAUAAUUAGUUUUAUCAACUUUAUGGUGUGUUCAGUUUGGAUCCAGGAGUAGGAAUUUAUGAGUUCCAAGUCUGUUUAGCUUGUAUCACCCUGCUCUAGUAAUAGGAACUCAGAUCUGUUAAAGACUUCACACUCAGUACUUGUGCCCGGUUCAUGACAUUGAUUCAACAAAGUGUUUGCAACAUUC